CUACUGUCAGUGUACAAGCCUCCCAAACCCAAACUCAUCCCGCUUGCAUGGGUGCUGCUGAGUUCUGGCAACACACCUGAUCGAGUCAAAGCAACUUAUGGGAGGGCUUUCAAUCGUUUUGACACUGUGAUGAAUAGCAAUCUUGACGAUCUUACCGGCUCUAUCAUCACUUCUGACAAGCCAUUGGCUGUAUUUUCUGGACAUCAAUGUGGAACUCCUACUGCUGAUGGAACUUGCGACUAUCUUGUAGAACAAUUGCCACCUCAUCCAACAUACGGUGACCUGUUUUUCAUGGCUCCCUUUGCUGUCAGACAAAGUGGUGAACUGUACAGAAUUGGCUCCCUUGGGGCUGGAGCACAAGUAACAAUCAAUUGUGAGUGUUUACCAAGUUCAGCUGAUGGUAAUAAUCGAGUUGGACUGGUUAGCGCUGGAAAUGGUGUUUACACGGCCACAGUGGGUGCAGGACAAUACGCUGAGUGCCUGACACCUCAGGAUUCUCAGACCUAUUGUUGUGUUACGUCCUCUCAACCCGUUACUAUGGCUGCUUACACACUUGGAAACUUGAUUGACAACCUUCAAAACAUUCAGAAUCCACCACUUCCUUUUAAUCCGAUUGGAGAUCCAGCUCUCGUUUAUAUACCACCAGCUAACUCCUAUUUGAAUAGUUAUAGUCUCAGUACAGCCAAAAAUUUGACUACUCAGUUCCAGGGAUUUCUAAGCUACAUCUUGCCCACUCGCAUCUUCGAUAAUUCUCCACGAGAUCGGCAGAGGUUUCGUAUAAAUGGAGAAACAUACAUUUCCGACCAAUACGCAGCCAUCAACUGUUUAGUAGGUGGUUCAAAUUAGAGAUGUGUGCUUACGAAGCUACCAGGUUUAUGGGGGUAGGUAAUUUUGACCUUUCUUACGACAACAUUGAAGGUGGAGCAUUUUGGGGAUUUGCAUAUGGCUACGCUCAAGAGUUUGCAUUUGCUUAUCCUUUGGCUUUUGAAAUGGAGCCAGUUGUAUUGGCCUGGAUUCGAGCAGUGGAUCAAGUUGUACUGGAAACUGUUGGAACGGUUGAUCUCAUGUUUAGUAUCACCCGUGGUGAUCGAUCAGACUGUAGUAGAGCAUUUGCUGACACUCAAGACCUCUCAGCCAUAGAAGGUGCCUGUCCUGACCUACCUGCUUUCUCUGGUGGCUCUAUCUCAUACGACUUUGAGUUUUUCCCAGAGAUUAUAAUGGUCGACCAUACGGAACAGUUGCCACGUACAAGUGUGAUGUUGAAACUUUAGCAGGAGACCGAAGAAGGAUUUGUGAGAAUGGAGUGUGGUCUGGAAUUAGAAGUGUACCAACGUGCAGGGGUUAGCGUUUCUAAGUGGUUAGCAUAUAAAUUAAUACCUGCGCGAAGAUAAUUAUGUCAUUAUAGUUAAGGUAGAUCUAUUAUAUAGAAACCAAAGGAGUGUUAUACAACUAUGCAUGAGCAUCGAUGCAUGCUGGCUAAGCAGCAAGUAACAGGAGCAAUAAUCCAUUAUAGACUAGAGGCAUGCUACUGAACGGAGUUUUCUAUAGGGACUGGACUAUAUAGGAUCACAAUGUCAUGCAGCAAAGUCAGCAAAGAAGCUAGCCUGCAUGGAGUCUUAAAUAAUUAUGGCUCCUGAUAAUUAUGUUCUGGGGCUAUAAGAAUAAUUAUAAGCAAAGAAGCAACAACCACAAUCAUAAUUCUAUAUAUAUAGCGGCUUUCUAUUUUAGUGCAGAGGUACUUUUUUCAUCAUUACUUAAUUUGAGUGCUAAUAAACGUGAUUCAUUGUUCAAUUUCAAAACGCACUUUGAAAGUGCAGCGGCCGUAGACCUGUGCCAAAUAUUCUGGAAUAAUUUUUUGAAUAAUAGGCAGUAUUUUUUACAAUUUGAACUGUGAAAAUAGUUCAUUAAUUUGCACAGUAGAUCAGAACACGCCUACAUUAUUUUCACAGGGCCAGUAAAUUUAAUUGUUAGUUCAUUUUAAACGUUAUUUCGCUGCUGAAAUUAAAAUAUGACUUACUUAUUGGUGCUAUAUAAUUUAUAGGUGUUUCAUUUCGCUGCUGUUAAUGUCAUCACUUUGAGUAAUAGGCUGAUGAAGUUGAGUAAGUUGAGUAAUAGGCUGAUCAAGUCAGAAUAAAUAAUUUGAAUAAUAAGGGAACAAAUUUGAAUAUUUGGCAUAGGCCUAGCCCAGCCCGCGGUUGCUAUAAUGCCUCAGUGGAGGCGCCAAAGCUAUAAGCUACAGUACUAAUAGCAGACUUACAAAUGCAUAAUUAUAGUGACACCUAUUAUUGAUUGUGUCAUGUACAGUUCGCAUUUAAUACACGUACAGUACAUGCAGAUCGAGAAUAAUGAAAAGAGAGAGUGCAUGAUGGGAAAUCUAGAAACCAUAGAUUAAGAUUUUUUUCAGAGGACAAACCUAGCUGGGACCUCUCUAUAAUAAUAAGGAUUGUAGAUUAUCUGUAUUGUAUGCCACGACUUACAGAUUAAUUAAUUAUAGGCUUGAUUAAGCACUUUCAUUACAUUCCGUUUACGCCUAUAAGUUAUUAAUGCUGAGUCAGCUAGACAAUAAUUAUUGAUCCUGCACAGAGGACUGGAGGUCCGACACGCGUGCAUGAAUCACUACAAGUUCAGUGCAUUGAUGUCAUUGCGGUCACGUGAUAACAUCCAGGCCACAAUGCACUGAACUUGUAGUGAUUCGUGCACGUAUGUUGGACCUCCUCUGGAUCAUGCAUGUACCUCCUCUGAGUCGCGUGCAUGGCUUGCUCGCAAUAAUUUGUCACAUAACUACAGUGGAACCCCUCUAUAACGGACACCUUUGGGGAACAAUUAAUGUUUUGGUCUUUAUAUACGGAGGUGGCCUUUGUUGAGAGGUUGUUUUGUACACAAACUGUUCAUUUGGGACCUAUAGGUGCCUGGCCGUUAUAUAGCAGCUGGCCCUUAUUCAGAGGUGGUAUAACAGAGGUUCCACUGUAUUGUCAUAAUCCUGAGAUCAUUAACUGAUUGCUGCAUGGAUAGAUUUCUCAGAAUCAAUUUCCUGGAAUUUGAUUGCUGACAGUCAGCCCAAUCCAUUUCCUGGUAUGCUUGUGAGGCUUCCCGCCCACAAGCUGGGAUGUGGGUAAACCAGGAAAUGAGUGAGGUGGAAGCUUACAGGUUAAUUGGUAACUUCGUUCCCAGGCCGAUCUGUUUGUAAAAUAACGCUAGGUCGUCGGACAACUAUAGUUGUCGAGGCUACUUUAUAAAGUUUUGUCGUACUUCACUGAAAUUCAAUUAUACGGUUAAAAAGCGCUUCUAUCUAACAUUUUCCGUGAUGGCAUACUUGUCAACCACAUAAAGCCAUAAAUGAAGCCAUAAUUGACCACAUAACUUCGGGGUGGGGGUGGCACUAAAAUAGAAUAGUAGAUUUUAGUUAAAAUUUGAGUGCAUGCACUCAAAUUUAGAGUAAACCAUGACACACUGUGCGUUUCCUUACUAAUGCUGCAAUGCACGACGGUUGACUGCACUUUAACCAACCUAAAAUUCUCUGUACAGUGCUCUUAUGGGGUGCAUUCCAACAAGCCA